CAGGCUCGACUUUUAACGCUUUGACGUUUGCGAGGCUCGCGUCCGCGCGUUACGCGUCUACGGUUCCGCUCGCGUGGAAAGUCGGCUCGGGGGGAAGAAAAAAUUCGUGACGCGCUUAACCGUUCGUCCCUGUCUGGCUGAUUGGCCGUCUCGCUCGCGCUCGCGUGAAAUGUCCGCGUACUCGUGAGAUUGUGCGCGGCCAUCAACCACGACAACGACGGCGACGACGACGACGAGGACGAGGACGAAGACGACGAAGACGACGACGCUCGUUCGGCCGUGUCCCGAAACGAAAGCACCAGGAGCGGCUAGUGGAGAACAAUAAUGCGUAUACCAAACGCGUGGAGACGGCAGAGCGAACGACGAUAGCUUAGUGCAAUGCAGACUCCUGUUUGUCAACAACGUCCGUGGAAAUUUGGUGAUUGAGCGAACAAACGUCCGUGUAGUGUUGAUCGCUAAUCGCAUCCAAAAGAUUGUUGUACAUUAGACGUGCUGUCCUGCAGGCAGUAUGAGUAAUCCAUAUCGAGCUAGACCCACCAGACCUCGGGUGGAUCAUUCAGCUGCGUAUGGAAUGCAUAAUCAAAAUAUGUGGAUGCCUAUGACGAGGCCUCAAUCAGAUGUUGCACCUACUGAUACCACUCAGCAGUCCGUCAUGAAUCAAUCAAAACACACGAGCAAUGCGUGGAAAGACCCGUGGGACUGGAAUGUGGAUCAGCAAUCAGAUACCCAACAGCAGCAGCAGCAGUCGCAGCAACAGCAACAUUAUUUACCCUCUUAUCAAAAUCAGGGGCAGCUGAUAUCCGGUCCUAUGCAAGACCAUUAUUAUAAAAAUCUUAACGGCAACAUGUCCGAUGUACUUAAUCAGAACUCUGUAUCGGACAGAGAUACUCCUAGGCCAGAAUCUGCUCGUCAAGCUACUCAAAAUUACACGGACUCCCUCGCUCCUCCCUAUGCGAAUUAUAAAAACCAGCAGUAUCCGAUACCACCUGGACAUGCCUCGCCCAAACCUGGUUAUGAGCACGUUCAGUGGCCGAGUGAGCAUCAGAAUAUUGCGUAUCCGGUGCAGCAGCGACUUGUGCCGCAGAAAGGCCAGCCGCCAACGCAUCUGCCGCCACCGGUCGGCUCGCAAAAUAAUUACAACUGGAAUAAAGAUGACACGGUGAAUCUGCAGGCGUCGCAGAACAACUGGCAGAAUCACAGCGACACGGUGCUGACAGGACACUGGCAGGAUCAAAACACUUUGAAGGAGGUGCAGCAGCACGUCGACAAUAGGAGUAACAGUCAGCCUGCGCAACCGCAGCAGAUGUAUAAUACGCCCGCCGACGCAGUCAACAAGGAACAUUCCAUGAACUGGACCACUAAUGGGCACCAGGCCGUCAACGAAACUGGUGGUAGGUCUGAUAUCGUGUCGAGCCAGUGGCAUAAUCAAAACCGUGAGAGCAUGAUGUCCCAUCAUCAAACGGCGCACCUAGUACAAACGAGUAACGUGGACGACACGAUUAACUCCUGGUCGCAGUCGCAGAGCAAUAACAGUGCUCCGCACGACUGGAGACACUCGAACGUGCAGAACGACGCGAAUCAAUGGAUGCAAGUGGACAAUUCCUGCAAAGAAAACGCGCCGCAGGAUAGUACGCAGGGUGCGAGGUUCGCUGCGAACGAGUGGCAAACGAAUCAGCACGCGACGUCGUUCCACUAUGCCAUGCCACCUGCGACUGCGGCUACACCUGCGCCUACACCUGUAGAAAAUACUGUACAUACGCCCAACAACAAUGAACAGCAAGAAAGUGAGAAACAAGCGAGCAUCCCAUCGUACGAUCCGAUCAGCCACGCGAGAUCGAACGACGUCAGGCCACCGAUUGGAGAUCCUAACAAUUCGAACGCGAUAGCUGCUGACGUACCGAGGAAUAAUAUUUCGAAGACUAUUCUCGUUGGCGAAAACGAUGAUCACGUUUUCGCUCCCGCGACAGCGGAAGAGUUGUCCAACAAUUUCGGCCAGCUUAAUCUUGGAAACAAAUCAAGUAAGUACGUGGAUCAUUCGGGUGAGUCGUUAGAGGUACAUUCGAGCUCUGCGGAGGGAAGAGCUCAACAUUCAUCUAGUUUCAAUGUUGCGGACGUCCGAGGCAAUCCUCUGCCCGACAAUAUACCCGUGCUACCUGUGGAUUACGUGCCAAGCAGUGUGGAGAACUCUCACUGCGCCGACAGUCAGCCAAUUGUCAAUCAGGACCACCCGAUACCGAAUACAUAUCAAAGUGGUGCUGUUAAAAUAACAGAGAACGCCUCGCAAAGCGGUUACGAUCAGUGGUACAAUCAAAGCGCGCUGCCCACUUCGUUGGAGAACUCUUGGUACUUGAAGGAUCCCGCGCGUCCGCCUGCCAAGCAGUGGGGCGCUGAGCAGAACGUUGAAAAUUACGAGAAUAUCCAGCAAACGUCCGACUUCGUGAACGUCGAGGUGAUCGCACCCGCGGCGACAUUGAAGGAGCGCGACAUUUAUGGCUCACGCGAUUCCAUAAACAAGGAAACGCUGGACAACGAUCCCAAGCCCAGCGCGAGUCCUAAGGAGAUGAACGUCCGCGACUUCAGAGAGGAAGCGAACAACGUUGAGGUGCCGUCGAUGCAGCAGCAGGUACAACAGCGACCUCACCCACCUCUGCAAACGGAACAGAUGCCGGACAACUACGAGUUCGCAUCGAAUGACAGAAACACGUUCCUCGAGACCGGCGAGUUGACGGACUCGCAUCAGGAGCAUGAGCCGACACCGCCCAGCCAAGAUGACGAGAACGACGAAGUGCCUAAUGAUAUUCCCUUCCUGCGCGAAGUGCCGGGACAGUCGAGCUCCAUAGAUCCACGUAGAAAUGAUCCUACAGGUCAGGAGACUCACAUGCAAGCCGGACAACGUCUGCCUGAUCCCAGAAGGAACGAUCCGUCGGGUCAAGAACAAAGCAUGCAAGUCAGGAACAUACCCGACAGAGUAGAGCGUCGCGACGUUCUCCCGGGGCAAGAGAGGAACGUUCCUCUGUUGCUACGAAGCGACUCGGAUACCUUGGAACGACGGAAUGAUCCGUCGGGCAGAGAACGCUCCCUCCCACCGCAACAAUCACGGAACGAUCCGUCCGGCGAGGAGAGGUAUCAGCUGCAGUCUCAAAUAAUACUGGAGCCGAGCGAGACUCGCGAAGUACUCGGCAGAGGCAACGAGCCUGAGGAAACGGUGCCGCAGACCGACGCGGAUCUUAGGCAGAUACCCGGUGGUGCGUCUUCCAACGACGUCACGCAAUUGGUGGACGACAGAACGACCGGUGGGAGAGUAGUUACAGGCUCUCUACCGGACAUCCCACCGGCGAUGCAAGAUCCAAGCAGCGAUACACGAAGUAAGCGUGAGGAAGCAGUGGGCGCGUCCCUGGAGAGUGACAGCCAAGGCGUUUCCGGUUCGUCGAAUCGCCGGAAUUCUUACGAGGACGAGGACGACGAGGGGUCGCGCAACAGUCGGGACGAGAGCAGGGAGAGACGCCGGGAGAGCAGUACCGAUCGUCGACGAUACGAGUACGACCGGAAGAACGCGUACUACGAUCGCGAUCGCGAGUACGACGAUGAUUACUAUUAUGAUCGUCGGCGAGAUACCGAUCGUCAGUACAAUGCGCGCGACGAAUUUGAGCGACGGGACAUGCCGUAUCGAGACGACGAUCGCAAACAUCACAGUCGCGACGACUUGGAUCGGCACGCUAGGGACGAUCUAGACAGAAGGGUCAGAGGAAAGGAGGAUUUGGAUGAAAGAGAUGGCAGAAGACGACCGGAUGAUCGCAGAAGAGAUGAUCCACGUCGUAGGGACGCGAGAGACUACGAUCCACGAUAUUCUAGGGACCCUAGAGAUCCCAGGGAGAGAGAUUAUAUGGACCGCGAGAGAAGAAGAGACGACAGACGAUCUCGAAGAUACGACGAUUAUGACAGAGAUCCAUACAGAAGAGACUACUACGAUGAUCCUUAUGGCAGAAGUUCCAGGCCCUCGAGUAGAUCUUCCUACAAUGAUAGGGACCGCGAAUAUUACAUACGCGCAAGGGAUUCCUAUUAUGGAUAUAAUGGUGGAUACAGUGGAUACGACUACAGUGCUCAUUACGGUAACAAUUAUUACGCGUACCUUGAAAAUCUACGUCGGACAAAUCCUGCUGCUUAUUCCGAGUGGUAUCACAAAUAUUACGCCAACCAACAUCAACAACAGAUCGCUAGAGGCGUUAGCAAUUAUCCGGAGGAUAGAGCCAGUGUUCAUUCCGGCCGUAGUUCUUGCGACGACAGGACCACGGGCGAUAAACGGACAUUGGGAGACAUGUCACUGUUGGAAGAUUCAACAAUUGCUUCCGCUCGAUUAACACCGACUAAAUUCUCAACGUCUCAUGCAUAUGGAUGCUUCUCCAUUGGAUCCUUGAUUCACGUCCAUCCGAGCUAUCCAGCUGACGGCGAAAGGGCCAAAGUGGACAUUCUCCGUGUAGAUAACUUACUUUCGCACGAUUCCGUCACGCGCGAUUUGCGAUUAUAUCCAGGACCUCUAAUUAACGGGGUAACGCACAAGAAGACCAUCAUAGAGUACUGCGAAAACAAAAUUAAGAAGGCAGUGAACGAAGAAAUGAUCGAUCGUGCUUCGUACGUCCUGCUGUACGAACUGAUGAUUAUGCUGAUUCAACAAAACGGGAACGUCGUCGGCGUCGACAUCGCCGCGCUGUUACUGCGCAACAAGGACGCUCAUCCCUACGACGUGAGUAAACUCAGGUCUCAAGAAGCCGGGCGCAGAGAGUCGCAGAUAUCCCAGCGAUCCGGGGCAACGGGCGGCAGCGGGAGUACCCAGGAUAUUUCCACGCUCUCCGAUAAAAUCGAAACCAAGCAGCGGAAGACCACGGAGCAAAUAACGGACGAAUUCAGGGACACGUUACUCUACGGGCGAGUUCAAGAGGCAUUAGAAUAUGCGAUGAACGAAGGAUUGUGGGGCCACGCGCUCUUCUUGGCUAGUAAACUGGAUAAACGCACGCACGCUUCCGUAAUGACCCGUUUCGCGAACAGUCUACCACCGCACGAUCCGUUACAGACCCUGUACCAGCUGCAUUCUGGCCGUGUACCCGCCAUAGUUACAUGUGUUGCGGAUCCACGUUGGGAUGAUUGGCGACCUCACUUAGCUAUGAUUAUCUCCAACACUUCGAGCAAUCCAGAAGUUAAUCGCCGAUCGAUAACUACUCUCGGCGACACGCUAUUCGCGCGGGGAGACGUCCACGCGGCGCACUUCUGCUACAUCCUCGCGCAAAUUGACUUCGGGGCCUACGGCAGUAAUGGAGUUAAACUCGUGCUGAUCGGCGCGAAUCAUAACAAGCCGUACUCGGAGUUCCUCACGAUGGAAGCCGUGAUGCUAACGGAGAUCUACGAGUACGCUCGGAAUCUCAGCGACCCGAGCUUCACACUGGUGGAUCUUCAGACGUUCAAGUUCGAUCUGACCGUGAAAAUGGUGGACUCUGGGUUGAUAGAGAAAGCUCUGCUGUACGUUGAACAAAUCGCGACGAACGUAGCGAACGAUCCGUCGAAGUACAAAGGGUCUUUCGCCAGAGCGAUUUACGUGCUGGGCGAUCGAAUUAAGUACUACGAUCCGGUUUUCAAGGAUGCCGUCGAGGACACUGCGACGUUAACCUGGCUCGACAAGUUGGCAGAGAUAGUCGGGAAACAGGAUGAAGACGUCGGAGACGAGACGUACAGUUCUCGCGUCGAUUCCCGCAUGGAAAAUCAGGAAAUUCAUGAGAUGAAACACCAGCAGCAACAGCAACAACAAGCGUUGUCGGUGCCGCUAACGUCGCAGCAAUGGGGCGCUGCUCAGCCGGAGUAUGGCGAUGGGCCUACAUCGAUGAUGGAGGUGAACACGGGCGAAAUACAGUCGGAUUGGCAGCCGCUGUCUUUGCCUACGAACAUUCAGGACGUGUAUGAUCCGAAUGCGCAGUACAUGAGAGCAGGCAUAGACGAGUCUGUUCAAUAUCAGCAGCCGCAGCCGCGGGAUUACUGGAACCAGCAGCCGUAUUAUCAGGGCAACUACAGCAGAAACGAGACCAUGCCGGACUUGACUAACCAAACUGAGAUCGACAACUCGCAGCAGCAAGACAAUUGGAACAAUAAGGCGGAAAGGGAAGACAAAACACCCACUCCCGAACUUGUGCAGCCGACAAUCUCCAUGGCACCAUCGUCGGGCAAGCAGUACGAUCCACUGGAGGAAUUGGAUGCGCUUGACACACCAAGAUCAAACGCCAAAUCAGCAACGGAAAUGAAGAAGACCGAAAAAAUGGCUGACAAGAAAGCUGCGAAUAGCGGUGGCUCCUGGUUCGGUGGAUUGUUCAGUAAACUCGCACCAAAACCGAAAAAUCAAAUGAUAUUACCGGAUGAUAGUAAUCCAACGAUCGUGUGGGACCCGGUGGCCAAGAAGUGGAUGAACAAGGACGAGGACGGCGACGGCGGUGCCGCGACGCUGGCACCGCCGCCGAAAACCUCUGAUAUGAGUUUCCGAGCGCCGGCGAUGCCGGAUAGCCGUAGUGCACAACCGCUCUCAUCGGGCAUGCACACCGGCGAUGACAUACCGGCGAUGGACACUCCAAAAUCGGGUACUGGUAGCAAUAUGUUCAAACUGCCAAAGGGUAGGAGUAUGCGUGCCAAUUACGUCGACGUGAUGAAUCCUGGCGGAUCUAAGCCUAACGCGAUAUCGUCCACCAACAUGCCCACCCCCAUGACAUCCCCGCUGUCGCCGAUGGCUACUUCGUCCCCGCAACUGUUCGUGCCCGCACCAAUUAACGAUCCAGCAGCUCCCAUGAACUUCUUGACUCCGACAGUGACACCGCCGUCUGGAAGUGUUGCGGAGAAUACACCGCAAACACUCUCUCGCUGGAGCUCGACCAGCUCGUUAUCACGAGAGGUGCAGAGUUACACAAUGAGGGAUCCACGGCUCCUUCAGCGGAACAAGGGACCAAUGAUGUUCAACCCGAGUGACAUGAAGGAUCGUUCGGUGAAAAACAUGCCAGUUAGUAGAUAUCCUCCACGAUAAUUUUUCUGGCUGCUUAUACAGAUCAUCUGUUAUUUAUAUUAGAUUUCUUUAUUAUCUGGCAGGCGCCUUAAUUGUGAAUUUUCGUUUUUGUAUGGAAUUGUGAACAAUAGCACACUCUCUAGCACACACGAAGCACAGUCUUUCUCAACAGGCCGUGUAUAUUUAGAUGACACAAAAAUUUGGAAGACUUUAAAAGAUAAUAGCUCAAACAUCUAUAACGUCUUUUGAAUACUUUCGCGAUGUCUUUUACACGCUUUACAUUAUCCAGAUAAAUUCUUGCCUUACAUUUUGUUAGAGUUUGUUUUAUUCUUAUAUUUAUCUUAUGAAAAUAGAAAUUGCACUAAAGAGAAAUAGUAUAUUCGUAAUAAGAUUCACAUACGAUAGAAGGAGGCAAUUUUAGCGAUGUGAUGAUAAUGUAUAUUUAAUUAUAUCUAAUUAAAAUUGAGUAUAUUUUGCUGAUUGAAGCUAGAAGCUUUCAUUGCUUACUUUUUCAUAGAAGAGGUGUGCUUUUGUCUGAUUUAGAUUUAGAUUUCCGCGGAAUGUUUCGUGCACACGAUGCAACGAAUUUAUUUGAAAAGUUACGUUUAAAGAGACGCGUAUUCCCAUCGAAUGAUUGCCUAUGCAUUUUGCGUAAUUGCGUCGUACGGGCUGAUCAUCGUUAUGAAGAAAUAUCGCGCGAGUGCAUUCCCGUUAUUAUAUUCGCUUAGCUUGUAAGUAUUGUUAUCGGAUUUGAUGUCAUGCGAAGAUUCAAAUUCUGCCAGCCAGCCAGCAUGUUCGAGUUGCGUAAGAGUGCGAUGUGUAUGAUGAAGUUUUUAUUUGCAACAUGCAAUUUCAUCAGAGUUACGAUCAAAUAAUCUUUUGAAGAGUGUCUCGUGGAUGUAUGAUGAUAGAGAGCGAGGAUUGUAGCGCUGAUUGUAGCUCGGCUGUCGCAGAAUUUUUUGCAACAUGGCCUCGGUAUGUGUUGCCAUCCCAAGUCUGAUUUUAUAUGUCGGAAGGAGAAAACGUGUCGCAGCGCCGGUAGAUAAACAAAAAGUGUUAGGGAUAUGAGAAUUUUAUCGAUGGGAAGAAUCGCAUUAACGAGAAAAUGUACAAUAGGUAUUAUACUGUUAUUAGAUGUCGGGCUAUAUAUAUUAUCGAUACGAUAUCAACACACCAAUAAUACGCAACUGCCAUCUCAACGUGGAUAAGUGCGAAUAGUGAUGAAGAAGAGCGUUUGUAUCGCGUUUCCACUGAUUCAAUCGUGUUAGAUUUAUAAGAUUCGUACGUUGGUGUCUAUCUCCGCGAGUGACUUUGAGUCUUAGGAAGGUUGUGAGAGCCAAUUUAUAAGGAACGCGCGAAGAGCAUCCUAGCAAGAAAUAGACGGGGUUGUUUCAGUGCUUUCCCCUAUAUUAUAAAGAUAUCUUUAUCGCGAACCAAGUAUUCAUGAGUACCUGGUUCUCGAUAAGCAGCAAGUACCUCACGAAUAAAUGUUCCACUUUUUACUUGGCUCAAGUUAUCAUCAUCGUACGCUUCGUCUUAUCGUAACAGGUAUCGUUAUAUUCGUUCGCGACGAAUACGGUUCUAGGAAGUUUCCUUCGAAAAUAUUCCAAGGUUCGCGGGCUCGACUCAAUUUUGCACGUAAAGACAAUUUUCCGCAAAACUAUCAAGUAAGAUUAGAACGUUCGACAGGAAUUUAGGAUCUAGCAGAUAAUCUCUAGCAAAUAAAUAUAUAUCCGUUAUAUGCCAUUGACCACAACUAGAACAGAUUGGUUUAGAUAGAUUUUUGUAAAUUAUGACGACACAUUUUACAUUUGUGACAUACGAAUUAAAUGUGCAUAUAUUAUAUAUAUAUAUAUAUAUAUAUAUAUAUAACUAUAUAUUAUAACAAUGUCGUUGCAGAGAUGCAAGUUAUAUAUAUAUAUAUAUACACAUGUAUGUGUGUGUGUUAAGUCUAAGAAUUGUACAUACUCUAAAUGUAGCUUUCGUAAACUUGUCCUAUCACCACGUUGGAAUUGUUUAUAUAGAAUUCGCUUGUUUUUAAUAUCAAGACAGAACAUCGCGCGCUGCUUUCGCCGAGAAAUGUAAGAAACAACCAGGAUCGCUCUGUUUGUGGUGAAUGGCAGUUUAAUAACGACCAAUAUCGUCUACUAUACAGUUAACCGAUAACACACUUCCGAUGGAAAACCUGCGCGAUGGUGAAACCUGGUGCCAAUACGUUGCGUAGGCACAUUGCCUUUGAUCCUUGCACGUGAUUAAUGUGAUCGAGAAUUCGGACGGAGGCAUAUACGUGCAAUUAUGCAAAUGCGACUAUCAACUUUUCUCCAUUUUGUUCUCCCUCAUUAUUUUGUCCAUUCUUGUUCGUCGCUGAUUACCUGAUUUCGUGAGAACUUCCCGCAGCGAGGUGUCAAUAUUGCACAGUGUAAAAUGAAUAUACGAUUGGUGCGUAACUGGUCCGCCCGAGAGCUCGAACAGUGAUAUGUACGACCGAGAAUGAUGACGGACGAGGAAUGAAGAAUUUCUAAGAUUAGUGUUAAAGUUGAACAGAAAUAUUAUAAUCGAGCUGUAAUGUAUGUAUAGACCGAUUUGUAAGCGAGGCGAUUCAUCUUUGAUGUAACAUAUUACUAUAUACGUUCACGCACUUUCCAGUUCAGAGUUGAUGUACGUUUAUGGGAAAUACGGAUUAUAUUAAUAACGAAACUGUAUAUUAUUACUAUUACGAUUACUCUCAUAUUACUAUUGAUAUUAUAAUAAAGAAUAAUAGAUUAAUCUCGCAUAUCUCGAAAUGAUCCCUUAACGACUGCAGGAUGAGUGAAAGAGAGGAUUCAAUAAUAGAAACGCAUUAUUUUUCGAUCCUUUUAUUAAGUUUAUCAUAAUGUUUCGAAUCGAUACAAUGAUUUCUGUGGUAUACUGUCGUCUUUCGGGCCACAACGUCGACAAUCGUCUCCCAACGCGCAACGGACGUUAUACUCUGAGAUCAUCGUACGUGUAUAUGCGAAAUCGGCGAUGAGACGACGCGCAUCUCCGGCAUGUAAGGAGAGAGGCGCGUGUGCGCACGUACUUGGGAACACGAAGAAAUCAAUCCAAAAAUAUCAUCGUCUCUGCGGCGCACGAUCAUCGGGCAAAUUGGUCGAGUCGGGCAGACGGAGGGGAACCGGGAGGGAGGGGAAGAAGAGGGUGGCUUUUUAAGCGACGACAGUUAACGUCGUGACACCGAUGACACUCCGAGAGCGAGAAAACGUAAAUGCGGUUUAACAAUCAGCGUUUUAUCAGCGUGCACGUCGAGCGUACGGCGCUCGCGAUUCAGCGUUUAUUAUCUCUAUACUUUGCUAUUCCCUUUCCAUUAUCGCGUGAAGAACGGAAGUUGAAGAGACCGGAGAGAGGAUUGAUGGAGGAAGAGUGAGGAAAACGGGGUGAUCGGGGCACAGAGGGGGGGGGGGAGAAGAGUGGAGCGCG